AUGAUCCGGCCGGCGGGGGAGCCCGCGCGCGGGGACCCCGCCAGUUCUACUGCAGAUGCUGGCAAGCAAGAGGAAGAGGCAGAGGAGGAAGACAUGGGGCCUUGUCAGCCGGUCACCCAGAGGAACUGCCUGCCUCGCCGGGGCAUCAGCGUGCUGGAGAAGCUGGUGAAAACCUGCCCCGUGUGGCUGCAGCUGGGUCUGGGCCGGGCCGAGGUGGCCAGGAUCCUGCACCGGGAGGCUGCUGGGGCGUUCCUGGUGCGCAGGGACAGCAGCCUGAAGCGCCUGGUGCUCUGUGUCCACGUCCCGUCCCUGCAGGAGAGCUCGUCCGAUGUGCUCGAGUGCGCCAUCAAAGAAGAAAAAUCGAUUUUGUACCUGGAAGGCUCGGUUCUUGUGUUUGAGGACAUCUUCAGGCUAAUCGCGUUCUACUGUGUCAGUAGAGAUUUACUGCCCUUCACACUGAGGCUGCCCCAGGCCAUCCUGGAGGCCAGAAGCUUCACGGACCUCGAGACCAUCUCCACCCUGGGCCUGGGCUUCUGGGACUCCUCCCUGAACCCCCGGCGAGGAGGUGGGAGCCCAGCGGAGCCCCCGAGAGACCCAGCCCCCGGAACGCCCCCAGCCUCCAGCCUCAGGUCGGCCUCCCAUCACGCAAACUGUUCGUGUGAGAUCGAGCUGUCCCUGGGGAGCGACCGCCUGUGGUUUGUGAACCCCAUCUUCAUUGAGGACUGUGGCAGCACCCUGGCUGCCGACCAGACCCCCUCUGCAUGCCCGCCGACUCCCACCUCUGACGCUACCUCACCCACCUCCAGGUGGGCCCCUCGCCGCCCAGCACCCCCUCCGCCACCUUCCCCCUCUCACCCCACCGGCUCAGCUCAGCCUCCUCUGCCCUCAGCGCCUGCUCCUCCAGCCUGUCCUUUGCCCAGUUCUCCCCCGGUGGCUGCUGCCUCCCCGCCCCCAGAAGCCCUUCCUCCUGCAGCCUCGGCCCCCCACCUUGCACCUCAUGCCCCGGGCCCCCCAGACCAUCCAAGCCUGCCACCCAUGACAGCCUGUGAGAGGCUCCCACAGCCUCCCGCAGGCCUGAGCCCCUCCAGGGAGGAAGAGAUGAAGCCAGGGGCGUCCCCCGGUCCCUUGCAGCAGGCCCCCGCCCCUCCGGUCCCAGCAAAGAAGAACCCCCCUCCUGCUCCUCCCCGACGCCGCAUCUCCGAGAGGGUCUCCCUAGAGGACCAGGAUGUGGGGAAGGUGGGCCGGGGGACAGCAGCAGAGGGGGAGCCGCUGGGUGUUUCCACGGCACCCCCGCUCAGCCUGCCUCCCGAGGCGCCCCCUGACAGUGCUGGGGAAGCGCCUCAGAGGACCGUGGAGCCGGGCCAGGAAGCAGCGGCCCAAGCCAGCGAACUGGGCGCCCAGCCAGAGCUGGGGAGGAAGAUCCGACCACCCCCAGUCCCGCCCCCUAGGAAAAAACGGAUCUCCCGGCAGCUGGCCUCGGGCCUCGCAAGCCCCGUGGAGAUCGCCGAGCUCUCCACAGAGCAGCCGGCCCCCGAGAAGCCCGCCCCGGGCCCGCCCAGAGAAGACCCGAGCCCUGUGCCCCGAGCCAGGACUCAGAGCCCGCAUGCCCAGGCCGGCGCCCGGCCCCAGAGCGCUCCGGAGUUCAAGGGCUCGCAGGCCUCCCUGGCGGACAGCUGGGGCUCGCCCGCCUGCGCCACGGACCAGGACUCCUACUCGACCAGCAGCGCGGAGGAGGAGGUGGAGCAGUUCAGCAGCCCCAGCGUGAGGAAAAAGCCCUCCAUGAUCCUGGGCAAGGCGCGGCACCGGCUCAGCUUCGCCAGCUUCAGCAACGUCUUCCAUGCCUUCCUCUCCACCAACCGCAAGCUGUACAAGAAGGUGGUGGAGCUGGCCCAGGACAAGGCCUCGUACUUCGGCAACCUGGUGCGGGACUACACGGUGUACAGCCUGGAGAUGAUGGCGCGCCAGACCUCCAGCACCGAGAUGCUGCAGGAGAUCCGCACCAUGAUGACCCAGCUCAAGAGCUACCUGCUGCAGAGCACCGAGCUCAAGGCGCUGGUGGACCCCACCCUGCACUCCGACGAGGAGCUGGAAGCGAUUGUGGAGUCUGCCUUGUACAAGUGUGUCCUGAAGCCCCUGAAGGAAGCCAUCAACUCCUGCCUGCAUGAGAUCCACAGCAAGGACGGCUCAAUGCAGCAGCUCAAGGACAACCAGCUGGUGAUCCUGGCCACCACCACCACCGACCUGGGGGUGACCACCAGCGUGCCCGAGGUGGCGGUCAUGGAGAAGAUCCUGCAGAAGUUCACCAGCAUGCACAAGGCCUACUCGCCCGAGAAGAAGAUUGCCAUCCUGCUGAAGACCUGCAAACUCAUCUACGACUCUAUGGCGCUCGGCAACCCAGGAAAGCCCUACGGGGCCGACGACUUCCUCCCCGUGCUCAUGUACGUGCUGGCCCGCAGCAACCUCUCGGAGAUGCUCCUCAACGUGGAGUACAUGAUGGAGCUCAUGGACCCCGCCCUGCAGCUGGGGGAGGGCUCCUACUACCUGACCACCACCUACGGCGCCCUGGAGCACAUCAAGAACUACGACAAGAUCACGGUGACGCGGCAGCUGAGCGUGGAGGUGCAGGACUCCAUCCACCGCUGGGAGCGCCGGCGCACGCUCAACAAGGCGCGGGCCUCGCGCUCCUCCGUGCAGGACUUCAUCUGCGUGUCGUUCCUGGAGCCCGAGCGGCAGGCGCGCACGCUGGCGUCGCGCGCGGACACCCCGGCCGAGGCGCUGUGCGCGCAGUGCGCCGAGAAGUUCGCGGUGGCGCAGCCGCGGGAGCACCGGCUCUUCGUGCUCGUGGACGGCCGCGGCUUCCAGCUGGCGGACGACGCGCUGCCGCACCGCAUCAAGGGCUACCUGCUGCGCAGCGAGCCCAAGCGCGACUUCCACUUCGUGUACCGGCCCCUGGACGGCGGCGGCGGCCCGCCCUGCCUCGUGGUGCGCGAGCCCAACUUCCUGUGA